UGCAUAAAUUACAUCAAAUUAACAAAUGAAAAUUAUAAAAGCUUAUUUGAUCUCGUAAAAGAAAAUGAAACCGAAAUGGCUGAAGAAAUGAGUAAAACAAGUAAAAUGAUGGAGCAACAAGUGAAGGAGGCAAAAACAGAGAUUGUAAAUGAAAUAAAAAAAAAACACAAACAAGUGCGGGAAGCGCAACAUAUGCGAGCAAACUGAAAUCUUGUAAUAGUGUGCCCGUUAUUUUAAAGCCAAAAAACAACCAAAACAGUGACAUUACAGAGGAAGAAGUCAAAGAGAAAAUUAAACCUUCGGCUCUUAACGUACAAGUGAAAGGAAUAACAGAGGCAUGAUGGAGCAGUAGCUGAAAAUGCUGUGAAAAUGAAGGCGGUAGAAAUGCUUUGACUGAAGAAAUUAAAGACAAAAUGGGUACUGACUACGAGAUGCAAGCUCCAAGGAUGAGAAAUCCAAAAAUAUUGAUCGUCGGAAUGACUGAGGAAUUAAAUAAAGAUCUUAUUGUACAAGCAAUCAGUAAGCAAAAUGAUGUUGAAUGCGGCCAUUUAGAAUGUGUAAAAGUGUACAAGUCCCACAAAAUUCCGCAGGUGUAUAAUGCAAUAAUAGAAACAGAUGGUGAUGGAUAUAACCAAUUAUUGAAAAGGAAAAAAAUUAACAUCGAAUGGGAUAGGUGUCCAGUCUAUGAAAGUUGCAGCGUACUAAGAUGCUUUAAAUGUUGGGGAUAUAACCGUGCCUCUAAGGUCUGCAAAAACGAUGAUCAAAUAUGUGCAAAAUAUACACCCGUAUGCUGUAAUCCGAAAGUUCUUAGUAACGAAUUCGUAGCUCCGAUCCGAAAAUUCGAAAAUUGCAUACCAAUUUUACGAUUCGUAGCAAAAUCGAAUCUACGACGGAUAGCAUACAUAGUACAGCAUAGGGGUGAUAGUGAAACGGGUCAUACGUAUAAAGAGAGCAAAAAUAACAAUAAUAAAUGCAUAAACUGUAAAAACGCCAAGGAGAGAUUGAAAUUGUCAGACAUUGACACAAAUCAUGAUUGCGGAGAUUCAAACUGUCGAGUUUUACAAAGAAAGAAUAAGUUGGAGGCUGAAAGAGUGGCUUAUUUGCAGCCAAAGUUUCGUUAAGAAACUAUAACAUUAUACGUUG